UCCACAACCUGCUCUCGGUGUCUUAACGCACCGGAGCUCAACACGAGAGGAGGAGGAACAACUGGACUUAACUUUUUUACAACCGAGUCACAGAUUAACUUCUUUUAUCUGGAGGAACAGACGACUGAUGACGUGUCGGUGCUCAGGUGACGGAUGAGUGGAGCUGUCGACGCACGGAUUGGAUGAUUCUUCAGCAGGAGACCAGAUGUGAUUCGGGUUUGGUUCCAGUGUCGCCCACUAACCGUGGACCCUCCAUGAGCUGACCUCUGACCCCCACGCACCAUGAACGCCCCUCAGCAGGCGAACCCCCAGUUCCACUACGAGCUCAAUGGAAGAAACUCCAGACCAGAGGACGCCGCUCUGAGCCAGGAGGUGCAGGAGUGCAUCCAGUUCUUUGACGACACCAUCGUCUCCUUGGAGGAGAGCCUCACGGACGAUUACAAGAGGACGGCGCCGAGAGGCCGCGGUCCCAACGGAGAGGUCAACAGAUCAAAUCCCCACCCGCGUGUCCCUGUGUCCUCAGUGCUGACCGGACCUCUCAGUCCCAACCAGGACAUCAUAGACCUCGUCCGCCCGGGACCAGACCUGGUGCAGACGAGACAGCCGGUCUUCAACCCCACCAGUCCAGAUUUCCAGAGUGUUGCGGCCCACACUGAAAGCCACUUGGAGGUAAAGCCCUGGCGCGAUCAGAUGGACAGUCUUCCUUCAGAGUACAACCCCCCCCUCCCAAGUGGCAGCUAUGGGUCCACGGACUCCUCCUACCACCCCCCCGGCUGCAUCCCCACUCCGGUGCUGAUCGCACAGCAGAUGGCAGAGAACCAGGCCGGAGGAACCUCCAACCUCCUUCGCCAUCGCAGCUUCAACUCCGACAAGCCCCCGAGUCCCAGCUCCGAUCCACCAGGGAAACACGGUCCUCCCACCUCGGCCAAGCCGUCCCGGUUCCCAGCCAACAUCAGCGUGAUCCUGGGCAACAAGGAGCAGCAGAGCCAGUCUCUGGCUGCCGUGCACAUUCAUGAGAGACGGGCCCAGAUGCUGGCAAACCUCUCGGGAACGUCCAAUCCUUUGCUACCGGUAGAUCCAGAGCCGGCCGCGGGGCAGCAGGCUCAGAACACUCCGACCCGCAGCACCUCCUUCAGGGAUCCCACCCCAAGCAUCUCCAGGAUGGAGGCUCUGUCCAAGCUGGGCCUCAACAGGAGCCGGGCCAUGUCCGGGGGCCCGGCGCAGCUUCCUGACAGCGCCUCACUGGACAGAAGAGCUGAGGUCCUGCGAACGCCUUCCCUCAAGAGCCUGGAGGAAAGAUCUGCCCAGCCGAGCCCCUCCCCUCCGGCCGUCACACGUCGCAGCUUCUCUCCAUCUCCUUAUGAACACAAAGCAUCUGGGGCCCCCCCGCAUGAGGUCACCUCCAACAGCUAUGGAGGGAAAUCAGUCGUGGUCAACCCUUCUGCUUCCAAAAGUGAACCCGUGUCCUCUCCAUCCAGCCCUGAUCCCAAAGGCCUCCCCCCUGCGCUGGCUAGCCCCAGCGAGUUCAACACCUACGGAGGAAAGACCAAGGUCAUGAACCCUGCUACUCCGGCCGUGACCAGGAGCAACCUCCCCGACAUCCUCAGCUCCCACAUCACCAAGAGUCCGCCGGCGCCUCCCCGGUCGGAGCUGCAGCCCAUCGAGGCCAACAGCUACGGAGGAAAGAGCCGAACCAUCAACGCUUCCUCGGGGUCAACUCGGCCCUCAGAGCCUCCAGCAAGGAGUCUCAAACAUCCGGCCCCGGCCCCGGCCCCGAGAGCCCCCCCGCACUCACAGAAAGCACCCGCGACCCACGACCAGAAGCGAAGGCCCAGCUCCAUGUUCCGGCCCCAGGGAAUCACCGUGCAGUUCGCUGGACGGGGAACUUCGGAGGAAUCACGUAAGGAGGCGUUGAGGAAACUGGGGCUGAUGUAGAAAGUCUCCAUGAACUCGGUUACUGUUCAGUCUCCACCUCCGGAGCCUGGGCCUGCGGGUGGAGGUGAUUUCCUUUGAGUUUGAGGUGUGGUCGGUUUGUUUGGAGAGAGACAUACUUUGGCCCGAGGUGCUGCAUCUCACGAGGAACCAGUUCAACCAGUUCCAGCAUGGAAACGUCUCCGUGCAGUCUGAAGGUGACUCGUUCUGAUCCAAGACGUCUUCACACACGUCUGCACUUUAGUGAAGAGAAGCAGUGGACGAUCCUUCUGGGCCUCAUUUCCUCAAAACGCCUUAUUUUCUAUAUUUUAAAUCUUUGAAAUAUUUGACACCUUUCUGUUUCUACUGGUUUGUUUUACCGACUUUGGGCCUUUUAUUCAGCUGGUGGGAGGUUUCUCUUCUUUUGGGGUUUUUCGGGCACAAAGAAAGUUGACAGCACUUUUCUCGAUGAAUCCUGAAAAGACCCGAACAGUCGUGCAGAGUUCUGUGUUGUUGUCGUAGACUAAUGACAACAACGUGACAAGGAGCCGACUCUCGUGGACGAUGAGGAGCUGAGCUGCUGGAGGAUAUUUUUACUCUGUGGACGAACCUCCCACACCCGACCACAGACUGUGGAAUGGGCUCGAGGGUUCGACUCUCACUUCUCUUUACCGCGCAGAGGGAGUUCUUCUGGAUGUGAUCCUCAGAGCCGAGCGAACAAAUCGUAUUGUACGAAACACGAGCACUAAACCCACAGAGUCUAGAAAUACAUCCUGGUUUACUGAUGUGUUUGUUCUCCUGUCGACAACUUGGCUGUUUCCGACGUUUGACAUUUUCCAAGUGUGUUAUUUAACUGUUGUAGCUGCAAAAGCAUGAAUGUGUGUGUGUGUGUGUGUGUGUCAGUGUGUGUGUGUGUGUGUGUGUGUGUGUGUGUGUGUGUGUGUGUGUGUGUGUGUGUGUGUGUGUGUACGUGGUUUAACCCAGACUCCGGCCUCUGUAGUUCCCCUACAGUUACUUUUGAAGUAUAUUUUCACACAGAAAAACUCAGUGUGAAUAGUUUUUGUGAAUUUUGUUUACAGACUCCGGUUCCCUGUAGUUCAUCUACAGUCUUUUUGAAGUAUCUAAUGGUGCAUAUAUAUAUAUAUAUACAGUGAAUAACUACAUUAUGAGAGUCGACACAUCUGCACAGAACAAGGACUUUGAGGAUCAGUGGUGAACAGGAAGAUCAGCCUUCACGUGGCAGAUGCUCUUAUGGAAACAGCCUGGUCGACUUUCUGACUUUUGAAAUGUCCACAUUAUAUAUAAAUUAUAUAUAAAUAUGCUCUAAUCUUAAUGUAUGUAAUGUCUAAUUAUUGUCAAUCAUUAAACGAAACAGUCAAACGUC